AACUUAAAUUUUUGCUUCUUUUAACAAAGUGUAAAAAUACCAUCGUGAUGAUGUAAAAGCUAGGCAUUUCAACUGCAUCACACGGAGGUGAGAAGAGUGAAAAUAGUCACGUAAAAAGCGGCUUAGUGUGGAGGUUUAGCCCCAAUUUAAAUGAACUCCUGACUGACGUCACAGCGUCGACUCAUCUGUUCUGUGCAAGGCGCGAGCUCAGCUCAGACUACCGAACAAAGCGGCCAGAAGUCCGAGCAACAGCCACGCGCUCAUAUUUUAUAUCUGACACUGAGAAGAGUGAACUUCAAGGGCAGAGACCUGAGGUUUGCUCUGAACGUUUGAGCGGCCUUUGAGAGGAUAAUGCGGGGACAACAGGAAGACAAGGAACCGAAGUCUGCCGCAGUCGGAGCUCCCAAAGUGAAUACAGUACGAACGAGAAAGAGGAAGGCAGAUGUUGCUAUUUUUUUACCAGACCUGGAUGAAGAGGUAGACGAGAUGACAAAGAAAAAGCACCGUGAGUCUGAGCAGGUGAGCUGCAGUCUUGAGGUGGAUUGCAGAAGUCCUCGCAGCUGGACCUCCACUCCGCCUCAGGAGGAGGACCAGCAGGGCUCCCUGACCAGUGCGGGCCUCUUUCACUACAACUUUCACAACAUCUUUGUAACGCCGGUUCACUGCACUCCGCUCCCCACGCUGUGCUGGGCCAGUAAGGAUGUGGUGUGGAGCAACAUGCUGAAGAAGGACAAGACCUACUCCAGGGACAUCCACAUGCUGGAGAAGCAUCCGCAUCUGGAGCCCAAGAUGAGGGCCAUCCUCUUGGACUGGCUUAUGGAGGUAAGCGAGGUGUACAAACUGCACAGAGAGACGUAUCACCUCGCUCAGGACUACUUUGAUCGCUUCAUGGCCACACAGAGGAACAUCUUCAAAUCCACACUGCAACUCAUUGGCAUUACGUGUCUUUUCAUUGCUGCCAAAGUGGAGGAGAUGUAUCCUCCAAAAAUCCACCAGUUUGCCUACGUUACAGACGAAGCCUGCACAGAAGAUGAGAUUCUCAAUAUGGAGAUCAUUAUCAUGAAGGAGUUGAACUGGAGUCUCAGUCCACAGACUCCCAUCUCCUGGCUCAACGUCUACAUGCAGGUGGCCUACCUGAAGGACACUGAGGAGCUGCUGAUCCCCAGAUAUCCUCAGGAGACCUUCACACAGAUCGCUGAGUUGCUGGAUCUGUGUAUGCUUGAUGUGAGGUGCCUCGAGUUUUCCAAUGGCAUCCUUGCUGCGUCUGCACUGUUUCACUUUUCCUCACUGGAGCUAGUGGAAAAUGUCUCAGCUCUCAAGAGGGUGGAGGUGGAAGAGUGUGUGAGGUGGAUGGUCCCGUUUGCCAUGGUGCUGCGAGAGGCCGGCGGCUCACCAAUGAAAACCUUCACUGGGAUCGCUGCAGACGACAUGCACAACAUCCAGAGCCACUCGUCAUUCCUUUCAUUACUGACCAAGGCCCAGUCCUACCACAGCGUGGACCUGAAGCAUCCCAGCAGCUGUCCCGUUCCCUCUGGCGUCCUGACUCCGCCUCUGAGCAGUGAAAAAACAGACGAGUUGAAUGGAGCUGAGACUUCAGGACCCACAGUCAGACCACGGAUGUAUACGCCUCCCCUCCAGACACAUCUGCCAGAGUAGAAAACACUUCAGCCUGGACCUAAAAGACAGACAGAUUGCCAACCUAACCUGUUUAGAAGGACACAGGAGGUUCUCAGUGCUUCUGUAGACAGGCUGGCUUCAGUUAAAGAUGAGGUAGAAGCUCCCUGACCUGCAGCAACGUCACCGAUUCAACCCUUCCUUCAGUCUGCAAGCAGAGGUGGGAUUAGGACGAUGUGAGGCAAUCUGUUAGGUUCCUAUCCUUGUUUCCUAUACAGGGACAAUAUAGAGGUGACAUUUUACAGAUUCUAUACUUGAUUGUAUGCAUGUGUUUUAACAGUGAUUGGUGUGUGCAUAAUUGUUUUUUUUUCUAUUAUAUAUAUUUUUACCAUUUUGCGUCUCAUUCGCCCAAUAACUAUUUCUAGGGUCAUAUUUGGUCCUAUGUGCUGCUAUGAAGUGGGCUCUGCAUGAUGGGAAAUGUUUGUGUGCAAGAAAUGGCAUGUUCUUCUUUAGUUUCCUUCUCUGGUGUUGUCGGCUGAAAUGUGACCAGCGGCCGUGUCUUUGGGACCAGUAGCUUGGCUACCUCAAAGUGAACCAGCCAGGCUUUAAAAGCUACAACAUUGAUUGUAUUUAAUGUUUUUUUUUCUCACACUUUGCAGUUUUUUUUCUCCCCAUCAAAAUGUCAGAUUUCUAUUUUUCUUCGUAUAUAAAAUGCUGCUACAUGUUUUACAUUAAAGGUUAAGAUUUUUGUGAUAUCCAUGGAUUAGCCUUUUCUAAAGGCACUUUUUUCUAAAAAGGUUAUAAAGUUUUGAAAUUCUGUUUAAAUGUAAAAG